AAUAAGUCCAUGUGAACAACUACAACUCCAAUCUCCAAAUAUCCUGGGUGGACUGGCCGCGAUUGGAACAGUGAUAUUGCUUCAUUUAAAACAAGCUUUGGUCUGCGACUAACUUGUCUUCCAUGAAGCCCGUGGAUUCACACCAUUGGUCCAGAAGAAAGUAAAGCCAUAAAGGGCGGCAAGGAAUUUGAAAAGGGUUGUUGUGAAUGGUUCUUGGUUUAUAUUUUCUCUGUUAGGUUCAUAUUUUUGGAAGGAAGAGAGAAAUAUAGAUCGAGAUGGAGAAUGAGCAGCUUGUUUACCCUAGAACCGAUCGCAAGACUGUAGAGAGAAAUAGGAGAAAUCACAUGAAGACCCUCUACUCCAACCUCAGUUCUUUGAUCCCAAAUCAGAGCUCUAAGGAAAUGCCACUGCCUGAACAACUGGAAGAAGCUACUAAUUACAUAAAAAGGUUAGAGAAUAAAUUGGAAAGACUGAAGGAGAAGAAAGAACACUUAAUGGGGAUAGAAAGAUUAAGUAAAAGCAUGAACAGUGGAAUGAUGGUAAAGUUGACAGCACCACCCCACAUUGAGAUUCAUGAUAUGGGUUCUGCUUUGGGGGUGAUUCUAGUAAGUGAGUUCGACACUCAGUUCAUGUUCUAUGAGAUUAUCCGUUUGCUUCAAGAAGAAGGAGCUGAUGUUGUCAGUGCCAAAUUUUCUGCAGUCAACCAAACCUAUUUCCACACAAUACAUUCUGAGGUAGGAGAGUCUUCUCUUGAUUCUGGAGCUGCAAGGAUAUCCAACAGACUAACAAAAUUUGUCCAUGAAUACUUCCUUCUCUCUGAACAUGUGGCCCAGACUGUUCAGCAGUGUUCAACCUCUACCAAUCCUCUUUUAAUUUGAGAAUCAUUGUCAAGAGAUUAUGGACUUUGAAAGGAAGAAUUACAAGAUCCAUUUUGGUAAUGGUUUUUUGAAUUGUGUUUAGAGUUUCAAGAUCACAUACUGCAUGUCAACCUGUACUGGCAUUUUCCUAUUAUUUCUUAGCACAAGUGAUGUUCUUCACCCAUUUACUUGC